GGAGGGGCCAGGAGCUUUGGCUGCUUCCACUGCAGGGGUUUUUCCCCAAAAUGUAGAUGGGAUGUUCAAGCUUUUAGGAAGACGGGAUGCCAGGAGCGCAGACUUGUCGGCAGCCAAGCGCAAGUUUGCAGACUCCCUCAAUGAGUUUAAGUUCCUCUGCAUCGGCGACGCCGAAACGGAUGACGAGAUCUGCAUCGCCAAGUCUCUGCAGGAGUUUGCCACGGUGCUGCGGAACCUGGAGGACGAGCGGAUGCGCAUGAUCGAGAACGCCAGCGAGGUGCUGAUCAUGCCGCUGGAGAAGUUUCGCAAGGAGCAGAUCGGGGCUGCAAAGGACGCCAAGAAGAAAUACGACAAGGAGACGGAGAAGUAUUGUGGUGUCCUAGAAAAGCACUUAAACUUGUCUUCAAAGAAGAAGGAAUCCCAGCUUCAGGAGGCAGACAGCCAGGUGGACCUGGUUCGGCAGCAUUUCUACGAAGUCUCCCUGGAGUAUGUCUUCAAGGUGCAAGAGGUGCAGGAGAGGAAGAUGUUCGAGUUCGUGGAACCUCUGCUGGCCUUUCUGCAGGGGCUUUUCACCUUCUACCACCACGGCUACGAGCUUGCAAAGGACUUCAACGAUUUCAAGACAGAGCUGACAAUCAGCAUCCAGAACACAAGGAAUCGUUUUGAAGGAACGAGGUCAGAGGUCGAAUCUUUGAUGAAGAAGAUGAAGGAGAAUCCUCACGAGCACAAAAACAUCAGCCCGUACACGAUGGAGGGGUAUCUCUACGUGCAGGAGAAACGUCACUUUGGGACUUCCUGGGUGAAGCAUUACUGCACCUACCAGAGGGAAUCGAAGCGGAUAACGAUGGUGCCGUUUGACCAGAAAUCUGGAGGAAAAGGGGGAGAAGACGAAGCCGUUAUCCUCAAAUCCUGCACGCGGCGGAAAACCGACUCCAUCGAGAAGAGGUUUUGCUUUGACGUGGAAGCUGUGGAUCGGCCUGGCGUGAUCACCAUGCAGGCGCUUUCAGAAGAGGACCGAAAGCUGUGGAUGGAGGCAAUGGAUGGCCGGGAACCGGUCUACAACUCGAACAAGGACAACCAAAGCGAAGGCACCGCCCAGUUGGAUAAUAUCGGCUUCAGCAUUAUCAAGAAGUGCAUCCACGCUGUGGAGACAAGAGGGAUCAAUGAGCAAGGGCUCUACCGAAUCGUUGGAGUAAACUCCAGAGUUCAAAAGCUGUUGACUAUAUUAAUGGAUCCCAAAACAGCCACAGAAACAGAAACAGAGAUCUGUGCGGAGUGGGAGAUAAAGACCAUCACUAGUGCCCUGAAAACUUACCUGCGAAUGCUUCCGGGGCCGCUCAUGAUGUACCAGUUUCAAAGGAGCUUCAUCAAAGCAGCAAAACUGGAGAAUCAGGAGUCCAGGGUGUCCGAGAUCCACAGCCUCAUUCAUCGGCUCCCAGAGAAAAACAGGCAGAUGCUGCACUUGCUCAUGAACCACUUGGCAAAAGUUGCAGAUAAUCACAAGCAGAACCUGAUGACUGUUGCUAAUCUGGGUGUGGUAUUUGGGCCAACGCUGCUUCGACCUCAAGAGGAAACAGUCGCUGCCAUUAUGGACAUCAAAUUUCAGAACAUUGUGAUUGAAAUUUUAAUAGAAAACCAUGAGAAGAUAUUUAACACGGUGCCAGAGACUCCGCCGUCGAACUCGCAGCUGCUGUUAUCGCGCAAGAAGAGCACGGACUCCAAACCUCCCUCCUGCAGCGAGAGGCCCCUGACGCUCUUCCACACGCCGCAGCCCAACGAGAAGCAGGAGAACAGGAACAGUCUCAUCAACUCCAGCCUGGAAUCCGUCAUCUCCUCAAACGUAAACAGCUUCCUCAACUCCAACAGCGCUCCCCAGCCCAGCCUCAACUCCAGUGAUCUUGAGCUAGAAGUAAUUAAACCCAACAGGCCAAAUUCACUCCCUCAGAAUCCAAGCCCAACGUCACCCCUCUCACCGUCCUGGCCCAUGUUCUCCGCGCCAUCAAGUCCUAUGCCCACCUCCUCUACGUCCAGCGACUCAUCCCCCAUCAGCUCACCGCUGCGGAAGGCCCGGGCUUUGUACGCCUGCAAAGCAGAGCACGACUCCGAGCUCUCCUUCACGGCGGGGACCGUCUUCGAUAACGUCCACCCGUCCCAGGAGCCCGGCUGGCUGGAAGGGACCCUCAACGGGAAGACGGGAUUAAUCCCCGAGAACUACGUGGAGUUCCUAUAACCGCGGUGUGAGAGGCGCCGCCGCUGAGCUUUACAUGGUAUCCAUGGCAGCCGCUGGCAGGAGUCCUGCAGCCCACCCUGCUCCUCGCCCCUCUGCCACGAGGGCUUCCCCGUGUCCGCCGAGACGAGUGUUUGUGUGGGUGAUUCCCUGCCUGUCCCCUCCCGGGGAGGUGGCUCCGCUCCUCCAGCCCCGAGCGCAGGCGGGUGAUGCCCAAAGCCCACGUCCCCGCUGGGAGCCCUCGCAGCCAUCAGAAGCACCCCCAGGAAUGCCACAGCCCCGUGCUGCACCCCCCGUGCUCCUGCAGACACUGGAGAGCCCCCCAUCCUGCUGCUCCCUGCGGAGACACCCUUGUGAGGUUCAUCGGAGGGAGCCCGGGGACCUCCAAGGCAUCCUUUGCUCCCGGACCUUCCCCAGCCGGAGCAGAGCCAGGAACGACCGGUCUCUUCUCGGGGUGAGGAGCUUUGGGCUGACACCGACCCGUGGGCUGUGUCUGCAGCACAUGGUGUGGGGCUGAUGUCCCUCUGGGGCUGGGGACAGCCCUGGCCGGGUGGCCGUCCCACUGUGUCCUGGCAGGGCUCUGCUCUCGCAGGCGAGAGCCGGGGGCUCCCUGGGCAUCGGGACCCAUCGGGGCUCGGCCGGUCCCAGCACCGUGGAGUGGAAAAUAUUUUGGACCAAACCUCUUUUAAAAAAAAGAAAAAAAAGGCAGAUUGAGAAUUUUUUGAGGUCAGAGGUAGCCAUCUGUGAUGUGUGCAGGCUGCGCUCCCUUCCUGGAGGGCGAGAUGCAGCUCCAGAGAAACCCCUUCAGGCGGGUGUCCCCGCUUCCCCGUGCCCAUCACCAGGGA